AUGUCGACCUCUGCGCAAGACGAAUUCAACGCUCUCUACAACAACAAUCAGGGUCAAAAGCUCAGCGGCCAUCCGGACGAUAGAUCGGAAUCUUCAGACAACGACAGCACCACUCUGAAUUCUGGUAACGACGACGAGCAGACCUUGGCCUCCAAUACCUCUGCCGAAAUGCCUGCGGCCGCUACCUAUCUCCCCACCACCACCCAAUUCGACGCCAACACUGGACCAAAAGGAGUCAUAGCUGAUGCUCGCUCCUUCGAGACCGCCAAGAAACGAAGCUUCCGACAGACAAUCUAUGCAUUCUCCAGCGAUAUCGUAAACAACAAGAAGAUCAACUUCACGCACGAGAAGAGCAAGAGCCCUAGUCCUGACCUCUCCGAAAAUGACGAAGAAGACGACUUCAUGCGAACGUGGCGGGAAAAGAGAUUGGGUGAGCUGGCAAGCGGUAAUCAGGGGAUCCGGACAAGACGGCAAAGUCCUAGUCAGCGAAGAUACGGCUCACUGGUCACUGUCGACCCUAUUGGAUACCUUGAUGCUAUAGAGAAAGUGGCCACUUACACCACCGUUGUGGUUUUCAUCUAUGACGAUGAGUCGUCCCUGAGUGGCAAAGUGGAAGAUGCCUUGAAAGACAUUGCCCGGAGACAUGCGACCACACGCUUCGUCAAGAUGCAUUUCCUGGAUGCCGAGAUGGAAGAAAUUGCUGCGCCAGGGAUCCUUGCAUAUAAAGGCGGCGAUUGCUUUGCGAAUCUGGUGUCGCUGAUGAGUGAAAUGCCCGCUGGCCGGGAUAUCAACUCUACGACCCUAGAGGGGGUUCUGCAAGAGCAAAUAAACUCAGUCAUCUCCUUCUUUGCCACAAUAGCUAAGCUUUCCAUUACGUCGGCUGUUGGAGCCUCGAUCUCGCAAUCGAAAUGGUUAUGGUACCGCCAGGAUGAGCCUCGCCCUCUCAAAGACCUCCAGCUUUUCGACGAUGCCAGUCGGGGCCCAUGGGGAGCAGUGAGCUUGUUGAUGAACAUCAAAGCAAGACAUCUGACUUUCGUUGGCUCAAUCAUCAUUGCCAUGAUGCUACUCUUCGAUCCGUUUUUGCAGCAAGUCGUGGUCUAUCCGGACAGGCUUGUAGCAUCCGAUAAAGUUGCCACUAUUGUCAGAGCUCAGAGCAAAUGUCUCAAUGUCACCUCUUCCGUUGAGAAGAGGUGCAACGAUAGUGGAUGCUACGAAUUAUUCCUGCCCGGUGGACCUUCGCUCUCAGGCUUUGGAGGACAGAUCAACUCAAGCAUUAGCCAGGUUUCGACAGAUCUCGAUGACAUCGAGGCAUCUGUGGUCAGAUUCUCGUCUUUGUUCUCCAAGAGGAUGAAUGAUUCAGAUGAUGUCCAGGCGUGGGAAUGUGCGCUAUUGUACUGCGUCAAUACGUACUUCGCGUCAGUCACCGAUGGAGACAUAGACCAAAGAAUAGAGAAGACCUGGCGGAACAACUCUGCUUCUCAUUCCCAGGGCUCCGAUCUGAUAUACAAUCCUCCACAGUCGAUAAUCAACAUCACGGCCAACGCCUCUACUUUCAAGGUGGCUAGCGUCGCAGCAAACGCAAUGAAUAGCUUCAUGUCCGAGACUUUCACUGGUAGUGGUGGGAUAAAUUCGUCAAGCUCGGGCUCUGCCUUCUCCUCGGACAUCAUUCAUGCCCUUUACAAUACCCGAAAUUACUCGAAGACCAUCGAGAACCUAGCGACCUCUAUGACAAACAAUAUUCGCCAACAGAAGGACAGCGAUUCGAGUACGUUCGAGGGCGUCGCAUACAAGACAGAGACUUAUGUACAUGUCCGUUGGGCAUGGUUCUUUUAUCCAGCUACGGUGUUAGCGCUGUCGCUGCUAUAUUUGCUCGGCACGAUAAUCGAGUCGAGGAAUCGCGAUAUCCUAAUUUGGAAAUCUUCGAAUUUGGCCCUACUCUUGCAUGGACAGGAUUUGGAGCUGAGCAAUAGUGAUCGUGUCCCUGUAAACAGAUUGAGCGAGAUGAAUGAAAUGGCAAAAGACAUCGAGAUUGAGUUGAUCCAAACGAGUGAUGAAGACUGGAAAUUGGUGCAGCGAUGA